ACACAAGAGAAGAAAAACAAGAUCCAACACAAGAACUUAAGAAGGAGAAGGUGGUUGAGGAUUUGGAAAGCGAAGAGGUGGAUCGUGUCAAACUUGAGCUAACCAGGAAAAAAGAUGAAGAGUUGGCAGAGAUGAGACUGAAACUUAAGAACGGACUUGACAAAGUGAGAGCAGAUCACCAAGAGAAGGAGAGAAUUCAAGCAAGCCGGGGGAAGCAGUUAGAGGAUGAGGUAAGAGCGCUCAAGUCGAAGAGCACAGUGAUGGGAGAGAGGCUUGCACAUGCAGAACAGAGGAAUGAAGAGCUGGAGGUCGAGAGGGCAGAGCUUGCACAAAAGGACCAACACCUGCACAGUGAGGUGAAAAACCUCGYUGCACAGAAGACAGUACUCGUGGAAAAGCUUGAAAAAUCCACGAAAAAGAUUCGGGAGCUGGAGCUGGAGCUAGAGAGAGUAGCCCUCAUCAAAGAUCUCAACGAAAGAAUCAGUGAAAUGAAACUCCGACUGAAAAAUGAAGUUGCUACACGUGCAACGAGACAGUAUUCUCUGGCGGAGCUCAAGCAGGCCACAAAAGACUUCAACAUGACUCUGGGAAGCGGUGAUGCAGAUUACAACGAGUCUGUUUACUCUGGAAAACUCCACGAUGGUACGCCUAUUAUGGUUAAGAAGGUGAGGGUUACAAGCACACAUCGAGGGACUGAUCAUGAGGACUUCAAGGACAAGGUGGUGGACAGGUUGAGAAUGUUGCAGCAUCCCAAUUUGUUGAGGCUGUUGGGAGUUUGUUAUGAAGAGAAUUGUUUGGUGUACGAGGACGUGGCAAACGGAAGUCUGAAGCAGUGGAUUUCAGGUGGGGACAAUCACAGGAGAGGAUUUCUCCCAUGGUACGUUCGCCUUCGUGUGAUGGCAGAAGUCGCUCGGGCAGUAUCCUUCCUCCAUGAUAGUGACUCUCACCAGCUGGACAGUGGUGGUCCCAUCAUCCACGGGGCCAUCAAACCAGCAAACGUCGUUCUUGAUCAUAAUUUUGUGGCCAAGAUUUGCCAGGUUGACCGGGCUCUCCCUACGUCCCAACAACAUUGGGGAGGGCAGAUCGCAACAGAUUCUUUUCGCGCUUUCCUUGGAAACAACUCUCAGUACGUGGCACCAGAAUAUUUGCGUUCUGGGGUUUGCAGCGAGAAGACAGACAUCUACGCGCUUGGUGUGACUCUUUUGGAAGUUCUCACUGGGAAAUUCUGGAAUGCAGUGGGAAUCAUCGAAGAUGCGAUGGGAGGAGGUGGUGCAGCGUUUGAAAAUGCUCUUGAUCCCAAUGCAGGCUGUUGGGAUGUCGGUCUGGCUCGAGAGGUGGCAGGCUUGGGGCUGCGGUGUGCGAGCCUGGAGAAACGGAAUCGACCGGACAUGAUGACAGCCGACGUUGGUAUUGUAGCUACAUUGGACAGAAUUGCGGGAAAAGUGGAGCUUGCUGCAGCAGCUGAAGGUGGAUGGAGAAAGCAGAUCAAUGAUGGGCCACAUGGUCCCUUUCUUUUUUCCCUUUAUUUUUUCUUGUUUGGAGAGAAACAGUUUAAUUUUCUAUGCAGGAAUUGAGGCUCUUCAAGGCAACUUGCAAGGCUGCUGCAGAGAGGUGGACUUUGGACACUCUUCCAGAUCAUGGCCCUAUUUGGCUUCAAGU